AUGGCUCGAAAGCCACGCUCCGUACGAGAUCUAUCUAAAUUAUCUCAGAAGCCGCUCAGGGAAACCAUUAUACCGUCUGUAAAUAUAAUACUUAACAACACGGGGAUUGACAGCGGCAGAAAUAAUGAAGAAAGCCUCCAGAACGAUUCAGACCAGUCUUCCCCGCCGUCAUCUAUCGAUAGUGAGGCGUUCACAGGCUGGGUAACGUCUAGGGACCUUGUUGAAAAGGACCUCCCUUUUACGCAGGAUGUUAUGUAUAAUUUAAACAACUUUCUUCUUGGAAAUCCGAACAUGAAUUCUUCUCAACUGUUUCGUGCGGAUAUCCUAUUCGAUAGUGCCGGAGAAUUGAAAACGCCAAAGGAGAAAGAGGCACUGCAGUCUGGCAGGGCAAGUGCUCGGGGCUCUUGUAUAGACGAUGAUAGCACCACCGCCAACAACAUUGAGCUAGAAGCUGCACCGCAUAUUUCUGGCUUUGCCCUCAAACGGACCGUGGUUAGAAAGUUGAUUCCUCGGAAUCCCAAUGUGGACAAGCCCUUGAAUCAGACGUGUCAUUACUAUGAAGGCGUCGGUGGUUCUUCUCUUUCUCACUCUGCGGAUUCCGAAGAUGCGAAUAAUACUACAGUGCAGAGAACGCUGUACGUGUCUUUGCCACAUGUGAAGUCCGUUGAAGAAAUGCCGUUUUAUCAUCCUCGUCUUCGUGGCCUGGCGUUUUUGUAUGACUAUCAGAGUGGUUCGUCGUCUGCUCAGGGGGAACACUCCAAGGAUCACCAAGUUCCAGACGAAGAAAAGAACACGCCUGAGCAGACAUCUUUAUCGCCGGGACAUGGUACCUUGUCUGUUCAUUUCCUUCCCUUCCCGGAAACAGAAAAGUUUGACCCCCUCGAGAAUAGACUCGAGCGAAUCCUGCACAAUCUUCUAUCCACGCAUAUCCGUCUUGCACGGAAUACUCACCCUACAAAGACCAUCGGAACCGGAGCACGAUCUGCCCCCGGCUCACAGCAUAAUGGCCCUACGACAACCAAAAAGCAUGAGGAUGAUAGCUAUAAUCCAGACAAGGACAACAUACUCCCUCGGCAUAUGGUUCAAAACACAUAUGCGCGAUUGAAAAUGAAAUACAGUCGAGACCUGUGUCAGCGAUGGGUCGAAAGCACGGAGCCUUCGAAACAUGUAUUCGAAGAUCUGUUAAUUACAGCAUUCUUAAUUGAGCUUUGGCGGAAUAUGUAUGGAGUAGCCCCGAGGGCUGAAAGAGAAACAGCAAAGAGCCAGGAACAGGGUGAAGGUGAAGGCGAACACGAAAUCCUGGACAAAUCCUUGUUCCCUGGUUUCGUUGAUAUAGCCUGCGGUAAUGGCGUGCUUGUCUAUGUGCUUUUGAUGGAAGGAUACCAAGGUUGGGGGUUUGAUGCGCGUCAACGAAAGACAUGGUCGAUAUUUCCGGACUGGAUUCAAUCCAAUCUGAAAGAGUCAUUAUACAUCCCCAAACCAUUUCUUGCUGCUGUUAAGGAGGGAAAUGAUAAUCCCCUGGAUCAACUUACGGAUCACAAUGGAACUACUGCUUCUAUUCAGUAUAACACAGCAGACUUUCCACAGCAGACCUUUGUUAUAUCAAAUCAUGCAGAUGAGUUGACGGUCUGGACGCCGUUAUUGGCUGCUCUCGCAUGCCCCGAAAACCCGCUUCCUUUCCUCUCGAUUCCAUGUUGUUCGCAUUCCUUGUCCGGGGCAAGAUUUCGAUACCCACCGCCGAAGAAAAAUAGCAACAGCAAAAGCGAAAAAAGCACAGAAACGAGCGACAAUACUGCUGAAGAGAUAUCUAGUAGCAGCAACAACAAAACAGGCGACCUCAAGGCUCUCCGCGCCGAGAAACAAGCAGCUAGCACCUCCCAUUCAGGAACAAACCCUAAUUCCACAGCCGUCCUUAACUCGAUGUACGGCUCAUUAACGGCCAAAACAAUGAGUAUAGCGGAAGAAAUCGGAUACGGGGUCGAAAAGACCAUGCUUCGUAUCCCGAGUACCAGAAACAUGGGUGUGAUUGGUGGUCGGAUUGAUGUCAGUCGUAAAUGGCAGGGAAAUAUUAUCAAUUAUGAUAAUGACCAGACACUGUCAACAGACUCAGAUAAUGUUCUGGAUAGAGUAAAUGAGGUUGUUGAGAGGGAAUGCGCGAGGGAAGGAGGUGUUUAUGCAGCGGCUAAGAUAUGGAUUGAGAGGGCUGUGAAGUUGCAAAAAAAGAAUUCAUAA